AUGUCCCUGCGCUUCUCUGCAGCAUCCAGACGCCUCGGCUCCUGCGGGGCCGCCGGCUCAGCGAGGCUGACCGGCGCGGGAACUGCGUGCGGUGUGCCCGGCAUUGGAAGCGGCUUCUCCGCGGGAGGCUAUGGCGGAGGACUGGGUGGGGGAAGCGCUUCUUGCGUGGCUUACAUGGGCAGUGAAAACGGCCUCCUCUCGGGCAACGGGAAGGUGACCAUGCAGAACCUCAACGACCGCCUGGCCUCCUACCUGGACAACGUGCGCGCCCUGGAGGAGGCCAACGCCGAGCUGGAGCAGAAGAUCAAGGCCUGGUAUGAGCAGUACGGGCCUGGCUCGUGCCGUGGCCUGGAUCACGACUACAGCAGGUACUUCUCAAUCAUCGAGGACCUCGGGAACCAGAUCAUUUCUGCCACUGCGAGCAACGCCAGUGUGAUCCUCCAAAACGACAACGCGAGACUCACUGCCGACGACUUCCGGCUGAAGUAUGAGAACGAGCUGGCCCUGCACCAGAGCGUGGAGGCCGACAUCAACGGGCUGCGCAGGGUGCUGGACGAGCUGACCCUGUGCCGGACAGACCUGGAGAUUCAGCUGGAAACCCUGAGCGAGGAGCUGGCCUACCUGAAGAAGAACCACGAGGAGGAGAUGAAGGCGCUGCAGUGCGCCGCCGGCGGCAACGUGAACGUGGAGAUGAACGCGGCGCCCGGCGUGGACCUCACGCUGAUGCUGAACAACAUGCGCGCCGAGUACGAAGCCCUGGCCGAGCACAACCGCAGGGACGCCGAGGCCUGGUUCAAUGAGAAGAGCGCGUCCCUGCAGCAGCAGAUCUCGGAGGACGUGGGCGCCACCACCUCUGCCCGCAACGAGCUGACCGAGAUGAAGCGCACCCUGCAGACGUUGGAGAUCGAGCUGCAGUCCCUCCUGGCCACGAAACACUCCCUGGAGUGCUCCCUGACGGAGACCGAGGGCAACUACUGCACACAGCUCGCGCACAUCCAGGCCCAGAUCGGGGCCCUGGAGGAGCAGCUGCACCAGGUCAGAACCGAGACCGAGGGCCAGAAACUCGAGUACGAGCAGCUGCUGGACAUCAAGGUCCACCUGGAGAAGGAGAUCGAGACCUACUGCCGCCUGAUCGAUGGCGAGGAGGGUUCUUGUUCUAAAACAAAAGGUUACAGAGAACCAGGAACUCAGAUAAAAGACUCGCUUAUAAGCAGCAUUGUUAAGACCGUUGUGGAAGAAAUAGAUCCUCGUGGCAAAGUUCUCUCAUCCAGAGUCCACACCGUGGAAGAGAAGUCCGCCAAAGCCAGCACCAAGAGCGAACAGCGGGUGCCUUCCUGA